AUGAGCUGGACCUGCUGUCGUCCAAUGACCCCUGGCUGGUCUUCUGACGACGACAACGACAGUCUGACUGAUGACCAUGAGCAUGUGUCUCGAUCUGAGGCCACCUCGGACGAAGACGAUCUGGGCAGUGAUCGUGACGAAACCCGUGGCCCAUUCGACGUCGAGAUAGAUUCAGAAUACUCCUUGGACGAUAUAAAUCUAUGGCAUGAGAGUGCAAGCCCGCAAGAAGUCAAUAGCCCGGGAGGUUGCACACCUCAACACCAGACUCCCCAGUUCCCCCAAUGGAGCCCACCGGCGGUCAGACUCCCAAGGGAUAAGAACCCCAUGCACACCGUGCCCGACCCCGUCUACACUCCGGCCCCGGGGCCGCUGGCGCCUGUACCUCCAUAUUUAGCAUCUUUGGCAUCAGAUCUCAGGAGUCAGAUAGCUACUCGCGGUCCCGAAAGCAACAACACCGCCAACACUUGGAAUGAGCACACCCCCGACAUCAUGAAAUACAAAGCUCUUAUGACUUUUCUUUUUGCCUGGAUCUACGCGUUCAAUGCGUCGGCCAGCUUGGCGCAUCUGAUCAUUCCUAUACAACGGACACUGACAGAUCCUUCCUCUGCAGAUCAGAUGCAGGAAGCCCUUGUCAAAUUGCAGGAUGUUAUUCUGAAAGUUGUGGAUAACUUGCAGAGCGAGUUUGACAGCAUCUAUAAGGAGUUGGAUAGCAUUCCACGGGGCACAGACUGGCUGCGGCAACAAGGAGAGUCCUGCGCAGCUCCUCACAAGGCGAUAGAAGGGGUGAUACGGGAGCCCAUAAGGAACACGAUGCAGAAUCAUCCACAUUACAGAUUCAACCCUUCUGAGAGUAGCUGGCACAAGCAACCCCGCGGUGAUGAUUGCAUUCCCCAUUUGAUGGGAUCGACAUGCAACGACCGCAGGGGCGUCAAGACCACGUCCAUGCCUACCAACGCUGGUCAUCCUGUUGGUCCCUCUAAAACAUGUGUGAAUCCACGGAGUACAACAGUACGGCCAUGCGGAGGCAGAUUCCGCCCGCGGAAAGAAAGGGAGCAAGUCUGGUAUGUCGGUGCCGGAAACCCCGAUUAUGAGCCUUCUCUACACCUGCGGCACGGAGAGCAUGCUUGUGUAUCCCAGUGGUAG